AUGCGAAGCCGGGUCGCGGUCACCGCCGAGCUGCUCCUGGAGGCGGCGGAGGCGUUCGGCCGGCGGGAGGUGCUCUUCCUGCACCAGCUGGUUGCCAGGGCGUUCCCCCACCUGCCCACCACCGGCUCGGCACGGAAGGCCAUCCGCCGCGGGGACAUCCGCGUCGACGGCGAGCAAGUGGUCGCGGCCCGGGUGGGGCGGGUGGACGCCUUCCCAGCGGACCUGCAGGGGCGCCUGCAGAGGUGGAACGCCAAGUCGGAGCGGCCGGAGGCGCGACUGCGCGUGCUCUUCGCGGACUCGAACGCCGGUUGGGCGGUGGUGAACAAGCCCCCGGGCAUGCACUGCCGGCCCUGCGAGGACAGCAAGAGCCAGCUGACCUUCGAGGCCUACCUGCCCGCGCUGCUGGAGCCCCCGCGCUGCGGCACGCGCAGCAGCCGCCCGCGGGUCUGCCACCGCCUCGACUUCCGCGUCGGCGGGCCCGUGGCGGUCGCCACCACGGAGGAGGCCAUGCGCAGCAUCAAGGACCGAGUUUGCUUCCGGAGGGACAAGCACACAGAGUCCUUCAGGAGCCGCCUGGUGCGCAAGGAGUACCGCGCCAUCGUCUGCGGCGCGCUCGGGGAGCCUGGCACACGUCUGAGCGUCGACGAGCCGCUGGACGGCGACGAGGCGCACACGGGCGUGGAGGUGGUCCGCACGGCGCCGUGCCCGCACUAUCCGAAGGAGAAUAGCGGCACAAGCGUGAGGGCGCUCGCCGCGAUGCCCCCUCCGGUCACCCGCGGCGGCGGGAGCCUCUUCCUGCAGGCCGUGGAGCUCGGCCUGCCGGCGCCGGCUGCCGCGCAGGGCGCCCUGGCGGCGUCGGGCGAGCUGACGGUCGUCCGCGAGGAGGUGUCUGGGCGGUUCGAGAGGCUCAUGCGGACGUCGCGGCGCGCCUGGGAGGAGGGCUGGCGCACGGGCGCAGACGGCCGCUGCCUCCGCCUGGCGGAGCUCCCAGGGGCAGAUCGGUUUUCUCGCCUCGGGGUGCUGCCAGGCCCAUUCGACGCAAUGCGUGAGGCGAUCUGCAUCCACAUUGGCCAGGCAGGGGUGCAGAUUGGGAAUGCAUGCUGGGAGCUCUUUUGCCUCGAGCAUGGUAUCCAGCCCGACGGCCAAAUGCCCUCUGACAAGACAAUCGGAGGCGGUGACGAUGCCUUCAACACAUUCUUCUCCGAGACUGGUGCCGGCAAGCACGUGCCCCGCUGUGUGUUCGUCGACCUGGAGCCCACGGUGGUCGAUGAAGUGCGCACAGGCACGUACCGCCAACUGUUCCAUCCAGAGCAGCUCAUAUCUGGUAAGGAGGACGCCGCGAACAAUUUCGCGCGAGGGCACUACACAAUUGGCAAGGAGAUCGUCGACCUCGUGCUCGAUCGGAUCAGGAAGCUGGCCGACAACUGCACCGGCCUCCAGGGCUUCAUGAUCUACAACGCCGUCGGCGGAGGUACUGGCUCUGGGCUCGGCUGCCUGAUGCUGGAGCGCCUGUCCGUGGACUACGGCAAGAAGACGAAGGUCUCCUUCACCGUGUGGGCGUGCCCGCAGGUCGCCACCGCAGUGGUGGAGCCGUACAACACGGUGCUCUGCGUGCACUCUCUCUUGGAGCACACAGACGUGACCAUCAUGUACGACAACGAGGCGUUGUACGACAUAUGCCGCCGCAACCUUGACAUCGAGCGUCCUACUUACACCAAUCUGAACAGGUUGCUGGCGCAAAUCAUCUCCUCGUUGACUGCGUCGUUGCGCUUCGACGGUGCUCUGAAUGUGGAUAUCACCGAGUUCCAGACCAACUUGGUACCCUACCCGCGCAUCCACUUCAUGCUCUCGAGCUACGCACCAGUGAUCUCUGCGGAGAAAGCGUACCAUGAGCAGCUGUCAGUAGCGGAGAUCACCAUGUCCGUCUUCGAGCCCGCAUCCAUGUACGUGAAGUGCGAUCCUCGUCAUGGCAAGUACAUGGCAUGUUGUAUGAUGUACCGUGGAGACGUCGUGCCCAAGGAUGUGAACGCAGCUGUCGCUACUAUCAAGACCAAGCGUACCAUUCAGUUUGUGGAUUGGUGCCCCACAGGUUUCAAGUGCGGUAUCAACUACCAGCCUCCUACUGUGGUUCCCGGCGGUGACCUGGCUAAGGUGAUGCGUGCUUGUUGCAUGAUCAGCAACUCCACAGCCAUCGCAGAAGUUUUCUCCCGCAUCGACCACAAGUUCGACCUCAUGUACUCGAAGCGCGCAUUCGUUCACUGGUACGUGGGCGAGGGCAUGGAGGAGGGUGAGUUCUCCGAGGCUCGCGAGGACCUGGCGGCGCUGGAGAAGGACUACGAGGAGGUGGGCAUCGAGACCGCGGAAGGCGCGCAGAAAGAGCAGAGGGCUGUCGCGCACCUCGCUGGACGAAGGCCCCACGGGGGGAUCGCGGAGAUGUCCAGCGCGGGGGUGCGUGUUGCCUCGAGGGACGCGCCAGCGGCAGACGCGCCCUCGGCGCUGAUGGACGUCUGGCGGCUCGGCAGGGAGGCGCUCCGCCCGGCGCUGCGGCGCCUGCGGUCCUGGCGCUUCGCGCGGCUGUACGUGCCGCUGCCGGUGCCGGACCCCGCCGCCACGCCCGGCUGCCGCGCGCAGCUGCGCCGGUUGGCCCUGGAGGCGCCGAGGGCGGCCGAAGGGCGUGGGCCUCGUGCCCGUCGUGUCCCUCGCGGCGGGCGAGGCGCUGCUGCCCCCAGGCGUCGCCGAGAACGCCGCCGCGAGAGAAGCCUUCGAGGCCAUCGCGGAAGCGCUGGCGCUGUUCCACGGCUCCCGGCUUGUGGGGCUGCGCCUGCUGCCGGCGCGAGGCGCCCGCGGCGGCGAGGGACAGUCGCCGACGGAGGCCCGGGCGCGCGCGCGCGCGCGCCAGCUUGCGGGGUGCAGGUGCUGCUGCACGCCGCCGGCCUCGUCGGCCCCGCGGGCGCGAGCGUCACGGCGUGGCUACCGGCUGACGAUCCUCGUCUCCUGGAAGAGGUCUGCGGUGCCGUGCGCGCGGGGGGCACGGGGCUGGCCUCCAGGUUUGCGGCGGUGCUGGAUCCGAGCGCCCUUGACGGGCCGAGCGUGGUGGCCCAGGCCGUGGCCGUCACCUCUGCGUACGGGGUGCCCGCGCAGGUGUUCGCGGCGGCGCCGACGUGCCCGGUGGCGGAGGCAGAGGUCGCCGACGCCCCCGACGGCGCCGACGCUGGGGAGGCGGCCGCCGCUCUGGUGGGCGCGCCGCCCUUCGUGGCGCCGAGGCCUGGCGGCGCGGGCGCGCUCGCGGCCUCCCUCGCGCGCCUCUGCGCGGAGGGCCGGCGCGCGGGGGCCGGCGGCCUGGUCGUGGAGGUCCCGGUGUACGGCGCGCCGUGGUGCGGCGCGGGCACCUGCCUGCCCGAGGCGCUCCUCUUCAGGGAACAACUGCUGUACGAUGGCCGGGGCGUUCGGCCCGCUUGCGGCGCCUGUCACACGGCGCUGGUGCUGGAGGACGGCGAGGCGGUCCCCUCCAGGGGCAGCGGAUCUUACCAGAGCGCUCUGCCCGCCGAGCGCCUGGGCGGUCACAGGGUCACGCAGGCAGCCUGCGGCGUCUGUCACACGGGGCUGGUGCUGGAGGACGGCGAGGCGGUCCUCUCCGGGGACAGUGAGUCUUACCAGAGCGCUCUGCCCACCGAGCGCCUGGGCGGUCGCAGGGUCACGCAGGCCGCGCCCGAGGAGGGCCUCGACGACGCGGGAUUUGCGUGGCAAGGAGGGACGCUAGCUUGA